AUGGCAUGGACCAUGCGCUUCAAUGAUGUCUUGAACGCGGACAAGCUUCAAAAAAGCCUAUCGGAACUACUCACAGUUGGCGAUUGGAAGAAGCUCGGUGCAAGAUUGAGAUAUGGGCUUAACAAACGAGGAGCCCUCGAGGUUCAUGUUCCCACUACGUAUACAAAUGAGCGGCCCGCCGUGUCUUACUCACAUCAGCAUUACGAUAUCAGCAUCGAGGAUCAUAAAGUCGGCAAGCUCUUACCGAAAGCGACUAUUCGACCGUCAACCUUCCCAGGAGCAUCGGGGCCUCGGGACUUUGAUAUACCUCCCGGUGCACCUACAUCGCUGAAGGAUUAUACCAGUCGGGAUGUCCCAAUGAUAGGUCUUCACAUCAUCACAUUCCAAGACGCGACAACUGUUACUAUAACGUGGCCGCAUGUCCUGUUUGAUGCAGUUGGAUUCUCCCACCUGAUCGAAGCUUGGUCAGCCGUACUCGCUGGCCAUAAGGAACGUGUCCCAAAGGUCAUUGGUGCAAAGCAAGAUGUUCUUUACGAUCUUGGAGAUGUGACCCAAUCUGAACCGCAGGAUGCAGCCAGUGAAGCUCGAAUUCUUUCUGGUAUAGCGUUCAUACUGUUCGUCAUUCGGAUGCUCUGGGUCAUAUUCACUCAACCGACCGUGGAAAGCCGCAUCAUCUGCCUGCCGAAAGACUUGGUAGACAGGCUACAUGAGCGAGCGCUGGACGAUAUCAAGGAGGAAAACUCGGACGUGGAUGAUCCAUGGGUCAGUCCGAGUGAUGCCAUCUUGGCAUGGCUCACCCGUGCACUGGUCGAUCCAUCCCAAGCACCCCGUCCAAUGAGCAUGACAACUCCGAUCGACGCAAGAACCCGAUUACCUAAACUUCAAAACGUGGACGGCGUCUACGUUCAGAACAUGAUCCUGGGGUCUUUCGUCAACAUCACACCAGACGACCUUCGCAGGUCAUUGGGAAAGCAAGCCCUCGUGAGCCGCCGAGGCUUGUUGCAGCAACUGGAUGAGUCGAACUUGGUAGGUAUCCUACAACUCUUCCGCAAACGCUGGGACAUCGGCAAAACGAGAGCGCCAAUCUUCGCUGCGCCUGGUAGCCAACUUUUGGUUACCAACAACAGGCUCAAAAUCGAUCUUUUUACAGCUGCAGACUUUGGACCAGCUGUGAUUCAGGCUGGUAAAGACCAACAGAGGAAAACCCGCCCAGGCAGACCAGUUCAUCAUUAUGCCUCAUCGUUGAAUCCUGGCAUUACAAUGAGGAAUUUUGUUAAUAUCCAUACGAGAGAUGUCGAUGGUCAUUAUUGGUUAUCUGGCUUCUUCACACCGCGGCAGUGGUCAAGGGUCGAGGAAGGGUUUCAAGAAUUACUGUAA